GGGUUGACUAAAUGUUCAUUAUCACAGAGUACAUUGAAUAUACUGAUUCAUUAUGACUAUGUUGUGCUUUACAGUGCUAUAAUUAUUAAAUAAUAUCUGUUAUAUCAUUCCGGCAUAAUAUAAAGACAGUGUCAAUUCAAGUCUGAUAGUUUCCAAAUUGUUUACUUAACUAUAAACAAUGACUGAAACUAAAUUAAAUAAUGUAAUGAAAAUUGAUGAAUAUAACGCAAUUCUUAACGAUUUUAAUAAGCUAACAUCAUAUAGCCGAAAAUCUGAAAAUGAAUUGAAGAAGAAAUAUAAACAUUUACCACAGACUACUUUGGGUAGCAUUAUAUCGUCAUUAGUUCAGAGAUCAAUGAAACACAGCUACAGAAAAUCUCCACAAAUAUCCAGUAAAUACCAUGAAUUUUAUGAGGGACUAAUGCGAGACAAAAGUAAAGAAAAUGUUAUUUUGCAGCUCUCAGACUGUCAAGGUAUAAGUCCAGCAUUGUUUGCAAGAUCACUCUUACAAGGUGUAUAUUCUGACUCAUCUUUAGCAAAGAAAUGCAUCAAAGAUACAACUCUAAUAGAAGAGAAAGACUUAGCUUACCAAGUCUUUAUGGGAAUAAUGAAUGACAACCAAUAUGGACCCUAUGCAGAUAUAAUCAAACAGUCAAUUGGAUUGGAAUAUGAGCUGAGAUUAGAAAGGGAAUUAAGGCUUAUGAAUAUUACAUUUUCUGAUGAAAGUGUUCUUAGAUCUCGUGGAUAUGACAAAACUCCAGAUUUUAAGUUGGAUGUACCCAUUGCUGUUGAUGGUUUUAUUGUAAACUGGAUAGAGAGUAAAGCUCUGUUUGGAGAUGAAGAAAAUCACUCUGGAUAUUUAAAGGAACAACUAACUUGCUACUGGAAUAGAUUUGGGCCAGGCUUAGUAAUAUACUGGUUUGGGUACUUGGAAACUUUGGAUUCAACACCAGAAGUUAAUAACAUGUUUAUACUACGCACCAGUUUUCCAGAAAAAUCUAGUAUAACACAGUAUAAAAUGGAUAUUUAAUUUAAAAAAUAAAUAUUAUUAUAUGACUUCAAUCUGAUUGUUUUUAUGCCUUAGCUGCCCUCUUCUCAUUCAUCUUUGAAGCAACAAAUGCAUUGCGCCUAGCCCUUGUAAGUAUGGUCACCAGAUGGCAAGACCACCCCUUCUUCAUAUCCAAAAAUCACCCAAUCAAUCAGUGUAUGUUUGUAAAGACACCCAUGACAUGACACAGGAGAAAAUCCUAAAUGGGGCAACAUUUUCUUUUGAAUCCAUAGUUACGCGUGUCCAUGGGGAGUUUUGCGAUCGAUAAUAAAAUUUAAAUAAUUUAUGGCUUUUCAAGCAUCACUUUGUUAUAUCUUCAAUACUUUUCGCAGCGUUCGCGAUUAGAGAUCUUUUUAUACUCUGAUACACCCGGGUUAUACACACAAUCAAACCUACCACACUAGCAUUUUCUCCUGUGUUUACAAUUAUACACAUCAAACCCAGACCCGGAACAACGAUUUGCGGUUUACACAAAGAGUUGUUCCGUGUGGGUAUCGAACCUGCGACACAGUGCAGACUUGCUUUUUUUUAAUAAAGAUAUGCGUCGAAAAAUUACUGCAUAAUUUUCACGUAAUAUGCUCUCAGUAUUGGGGAA